AGGCUGCUGAGAAGGGGCCAGACCUACCAGGACCCUCCCCUAGCAUCUGGGCCCCACUCCACAAAAGGGCUUCUGUGGGCCAUAAGAAUUGCACUUCCCAGACUCCGACCUCAGCAAUAUCAGACUUCUCAAUGCAGAACAAGGUGCACCAGGAGCCAGGCUUGUCUCCCAUGAUGUCCACUGAGAUCUCUAUUAGCAGGGAGGACAUCACACCUGACUAUGUCACCUGGUCCCUGUUCAACACGCUCUUCAUGAACUUCUGCUGCCUGGGCUUCAUAGCCUUCGCCUACUCUGUGAAGUCUAGGGACAGGAAGAUGGUGGGUGACAUAACUGGGGCCCAGGCCUUCGCCUCCACUGCCAAGUGCCUGAACGUCAGUGCCAUGGUCUUCACCAUCAUCCUGAUCAUCAUCUUCAUGAUUGCGUACUUAAUAUUACUGUAAGGGUUAAGUGCUGAAAUGGUUAAAACAAAAUGUGUGAGUCUACAUCAUGUACAACCAGAGAAUGAAAAGUUGUGCUCCAUUUUUGUGCAAUGAAAUGAAAUGCAUUCUGCUGCCAUGUAUGACUAAUUAAAAAAAAGAGUUAAAGCAGGGGUGAGGGGUGGAGCUUCAUGCAGAGGGUGCCAGACUAUGCAGGCAGCCCUGGGUUCAAUCCCCAGCACCAAAACAAACAACUAACAUUUGAAAGAGUUUCCUGUAUUUGAGGCAAGAUCAAGUUUCCCUUCUCGCCAUGUCCAACCCUCCCUAGCUGGCCGUGUACCCUGGGCUGAGGCUCUGCCCCUGUACCCCUCGCUUUCUGAAGCAUUGACACGCACCCAUCUGUCCACAGUGGGAUUCAAUAAAGUGCAUUGUACGUGGGUGUGCUGUGAUCUCGCCUGGGGAGGGGUCUGCUGGCAGUCACAGCCUGGUGCACCAUCUGAACCCCUCUCCCUCUGCUGUCGCAUGCAUGUCCCACGUUCUGCAAGUUCCUGACUUCUUGCUGUGGGUGCUCAGUGCCAGGUGGCAUCUGGCUUUCCCUGUAUUUGGUGGCUGCAGGCAGAUUGACGAGGUCUAAACUUCCCAGGGCUCCAGGUGCCCAGGAAGGGUGCAGAGGAUGGGAACCAGGAGUCUACAGCCCAGAGAUGGGGGGCAGUCGCCCAGGUCCUUGGCCUUCAGGGGAGAACAAACCUCUGCCCAGUCACACCUGAGACCUGGGUUUGUGUCAGGGCCUUGAAUGGUGGUGGCCUUGGGGUAUCCCUGGGCUAACCGUGCCCUGGACCCCCUUGCUGUGGGAGCUGGGUGGCCUGCUGCUUCUUCCCCUGCACCCCUGGACCAAGCUGGGCCUCAGCCCCUCCCACCCCCUUCCGUGCUCAGCAGUCUGCAGACCAGGGGACACCAACAGGGCCACGUGACUGGACCUGAGGGGCCCAGUAUGUAGCAAGGCGACGUCUCUAGCCUCUGUAUCCCUCUUUCCCUCAGUGGGGGGCCCAUCUCCCGGCUUCUGCCUCAUUUGGGGAGACCAGCACUUCAAGUCUCCUGGGACCCUGGGAGGAGGGGACUGUACCCUCUCCCUAUGGUGCAGGGGUCCAUCCUUUGUCACAGGAUGGGAAAGUCUCAGCUGCUUCAGGAAGGCCAGGUGCCCCACUCUCCAAGGCCAGGGAUGGGAAGCCCUGGAGGGCCUCUGUCCAGCUUGCCGGCUGCUGGGGUGUGCUCGCAGCAGGCGGGAGCCCAGGAAGACAGCAGUCUUGUCACCGUGCUCCUUGGCAGGCAGAGAGCUCUUAGAAUGUUCCCAAAGACUGGGUCCCUCUUGGGAAACAGGCCAGCGAAGGAGGUCACUGCCCAGUCCCCACCAGCCAAGGAGCAAGGGUGGGAGGUAGGACCCAGGGCCAUGCUCCCCUGGGGUCAGACCCUGAGCCUUCACUCAACUUCAGAUGCAGCCCUGUGACUAGGGAGGGCAGAGUCCCCAGGACAAAAGACUCGGCCAUACAUGCGAUGGCUGUGGACUAUUACUCUUACGCCCAAGUCCUUCCCCACAGAUCAUGUGGACAUCACUUGGGCAAUGGACUCAAGGACAGGGGACUCCAGACGUGCUGGGCACCAGUGGACACACAGGAGCAGGUGAGGGUCUCGACACCCAGAGUGUCGACAUGGCUCCUUGUCCAUGUGGCACCAAGGGGUCAGCAGUGUCCAAAUCUAAAGUCCACUCACAAUGGGCCCCAGGCCAUGGACUGUCCCAGCAGGCACUUUCCAUUCCCCAAAUGUGUGACUGGAACAGGAACAAUGGAGGUUGGCAGAAGCCACACUGCAUCCACCAACCAGCAGACCUGGUCACUGGGGCAGGAGUCGGCAGAGUGUGGUCAGCCAGGAGGAAGGGCCCUGGUGAGAGUACCUGCCUAUGGUGGAGCCAGGCACAGAGCCUCCUGGGUCCAGGCACUGGCCAUCUGUCCUCCACUCCUUCAGGAGGUCCUGCAGGAGAGAAGGCUCUGGCGGAGGAGCGUGGACUGCUGCCGACCCGUCACAGGGAGCCCAGGUUCAACAGUCACUAGGAACCAUGUGGCAGAACUGGCUACCACCAGCAGGACCGUGUCAGAACUCGCAGGCCAGAGCACCCAGUGGGCCAGCAACACUGCAGGUAUUUUGGGGGGAAGUGGAGUAGGAUGGAGCAGGAGGCUGGUCCUGAUUCUUGUGUCCUGGACUGCUUCCCAGGGCCUGUCCCUCUGCUCACCCCUGGGGCAGCAGAGGCUGCAUUUGGGACCAGAUGAUGGAGAGAGCAGAGCUCAGCCUCCUCUUGAGGGGGCAGCUCCUGUGAGGGGCAGGUGCAUAGGGUAGGGGCCUCUCUCUAGCCCAGUCAGGGCAGCUUGAGGACCCUGGCAGGGCAGCCUCCCCAUGGGCAGAGCUGGAUGCAGGCCCUGGGCAGCCUGCGUGUGAGGGGAGACAGGGUCCACGGGACCUGGAGCCCCAGACAAGGCAAAGUCCUAGCAGCUCACCACGGCCAACAGGAGAAGGAGGUGGAUGGGGCCCCAGGUCCUGAGGAGGGCUGCCUGGAAGUGGCCAUAGAGUGUGGGAUUCAGGAGACGUUUCAUUCUCAGAAAUAACUUCCCUGGGCCAGACUGGGUGAGCGCCCAGAGUAGGGAUGCUGACCUCAGCAAUGUCAUGAGCCCAGGGUGCACACAGCCACUGUGGGGACUGAACCUGAGACGGAUUCAAGGAGAGGGCACUGGGUGAGCUGCCAAUCAAACGGGGACCUAGUGGGUGCAGUCCUAUCACGACUCUCCUCUGUGCCUUGGGGUCAUUCUGCACCUCACCUCUUGCCCCAGGCCCCCCGGGAGGCUGAGCUGCUGCCACCUCUUUCAACUUCAUCCUUAGGGACAGCCCAGGGGCAGCCUGGAGAGGGCCUGGCUGUCAGGGUUUCCCCUCAGAGAGGCGAACGCUGUCAGGGUUCAAGCCAGAAGCGGCACACAGGGGCCUAGGCCACAACUCGGCCCCUCAGGGGCAGGCAGCAGGAACACCUGACCCUUCAGGCUGACCUGGAGCUGUAGCCCUGACCACAGAUGGACCUCACCAUCCCUGAGCAGGGGCACUGGGCUCAUCCUGCAUGACCAAGGUCACCCGGUGGCCAGCUCCACACCUGAGAUGCAUACAAGGGAAUGUGGCUCUGUGCUGGGAAGCAGCUGGCAAAUGCACUGAGCCCCUCUGCCCCAGCCACAUGCCCUGGCAUGGAAGGCACCCAGGGCAGGAGGCACGGCAGGGCUCGAGUCUCCCCAGACUCCACCUUCAUCAGAGGCUUCAGCACAGGAGGCCCAGGACAGUGAUGCAGGUCUGGUGGAGAUGGGGUCCUUGUUCCCCACAGUCAAAGACUGAACACCAGACAAGAGACAAGGCAAGCCCAGCAAGCAAGUUUCAUCUAAGAAAGUGAUGGAGACAGACUUCUCUGAAUGAAGCAAGAACAAGGGCAGGUAGUUAGUGUAGAGAGAUGAUGGGUUCAGGUCGCGAAGGUUGAAGCAGAUUAGAAGGGAAUGGAGAUCUACUGCCUUCAGGACACAUGCCCCUCCCCCUCACCUGUGGCCACAGUCAUCUGCCUCUCAGGAAGUUUCCUCCCUGCAGGAAACUGUUAGUGAUAUUCCCUGGUGGCUCCCUUCAUGCUUUUCUGGACAGACAAUGGAAAAUGGGCAGAGGUACCCCUAGAUUUCCCCCUUCCUGCCUUUUUGCCACAGGGCUGGAUAUGAGGAGAGGGCCCUGGGGCUAUAUCUCAGCUGAUACAGUGCCUACCUCCCAUGCACAAGGCCCUGGGUUCCAUCCCUAGCACCACACACACAAAAAAGUAAUAAAAUAAAAAGUAAAUAAAUAAAUAAAUAAAACAAAAAAGAGGGGGCAUGAGAAGUAAGAAAUGACCUCUGAAUGCCCUUCUGUAAGAUCAGGCAAGGUGGGCAGCAACCAAAGGAGGCAGAUUUUAAAAGGCUGCUGAAGGAGGCUUUAUUGAGAUAUCACUCCCGGGAGGAACUGGGUCAGACCAACAGAGUGAACAGGAGAAGGGUCUGAGGAGAAACCGCGUAGAAGCUUGACCGGACUGGACUUUUAUGGGGCUUAGGCAGGAAGGGAAGGGCUUGGGACAGGAAAAGGUGUUUUUAGAGUCUCUUGUCCCGCUGGAGUUGGUGUGUGUGGGGGAGCUGGCUGAACUUCAGGAUUGGCCAGGGGGUCCUGCUGAUUGACAGGGUUUCUGCCAACACCUGACUGAAGUUUCUUUCCCGCACGGGCUGCUUUGUUCUAAGUCACCACCACCGACCUGACGUCUCCCUGGGGAGAGGUCUGUCUCUUCUAUCCUUUAAAUAAAACUUGCUUUCUACA